GCGUCCUUGCGUCCUCCUCCUCUCGCGAGUAUCACCGCUCGGUACACACAUCUAUCUUGAUCUUGAGUUGAUCUGCGCUUGGCUUUCAUUUUCUUGAUUCACAUCCCUAGACAUGGCAGUAAUCUGUAAAGUGUCGCCAAACAGGCGGCGUUCCAUUGCCGUGCUCAACCAGGGUUCAUCUGCCCAUUCUGCUCAGCAGCAUCGCAGGCGAGCUUACAGUAUUGCCCCGGGAGAUAAGCUCAGUCCAGUGGCCAGGGCGCGUCGGAUUCGUCCUCGCAAGAGUAUCUUGAAGGGCGCCAUUAACACAUCUGGGAGUCAGGAAGAAUCUUGGUCUGAUGCAGAAGAAACCCAGACUUUUGAUCGUCGUGUCAGUUUUGCUGCCCAUGCUCAUGUUCGCUUGUUCGACAAGGAGAAGAAACUUUCCUCGACCCGAAAGUCACGAGGUACUCCAGAACGUCAUCCUCGCUUUGCUGAUGAUAACAACGAAGAGAAUGAGGAAAACGUUGCACCCCAGGCCGCUGCACGGAGACGACGCAGUAGCACGCGUCGACGCUCUUCAACUAUGUUCAGCGAGUUCGGUGAGCGCUCGAUGGAAAUGGACGACGACGAAGCGCCUACACCUCAGGAUUUCUUGGCCGAAUACGAGAACAACGAAGGUUGGGAUGCGGAAGAUGAAGAUUAUGAUGACGGGGAGGAUAUGGACAUUACAGAAGCGAUUGACCCCCGAAUCUUAAGGAAACGAUCGCUUUCCCUCGGUGGUGGUCAGCUGCCUCUCCGAAGGCGGUCUUCUGCAUUGCCGCCCAUGACCUCCUCUUUAUUGCACAGCGAGAACCAACCACCAAUUAUUGAAGAACCCGAACCCACUGAUGAUACAGAAACUUUCGACCAUCAAAAUGGUCAGGACGAUGCGACAACUUCUUCAUCCGGUAACACUACGUCUUUCUUGAGCACUGGGGACGGCUCUUCAGGAGAGAACACACAUCCCAUGGAAUUUACUAUCCCAAUCAACAAGUCCCUUCGUCCACCUGCCUCACAGGAUGUCCUUUGGCAGCAGCUACGCGCAGUUACGCAUGCAGGUGCGAACGAUGACCCCGACCAAAGCCAAGAUAUGGAAGAAGAGCCUUCUUACGCACCUGACGACGUGAUCCCUCUGGAGGAUUUCGGUACUGAAGAUGAUACAGGAGAUGCUAUGGAGUUAACUGUUGCUUUGCAUCGAUUGAUGAAAGCUCGUGCUUCGUUGGGUAUUGGGCCUCAGCCUAUGAAUAAUAUGUCUGGCUUGGAAGGUCAAGGUUUUGACCAGAGUGGGAUGGCCGAUAUGGAGGACAGCUUUACCAGCUCAAAUGAUAGCUUCGGUGACGGUUCUGGCGACCAGACUAUCAAUGUCACUACGCUGAUGAGAAACAGUCUGGGAGGACAAUCAUCUCUCAUGGAGGAGACCGACGUAUUUGCGGCUCGCAUUCAGGUUCAUCGAGACGAUGAGUCGAUUCAUCUUCCUGUCAAUGGCCGCGAAGAACCGACCCAGCCAGAACAGCAACAACGGGAGACUCCUCCACAACCAGAGCCCCCAAGGACAUCUAGUGUCUUCAGUUUACCCCGCGCAGCCUCAGCAACAGCAACAACAUCAGCCCCUUCACCCGAACCAUCUUCGAGUGAACCUCGAUCUCCAUUGAAACCUCCGCAGCCGGCAACGGUCCCUAUUCCCUUCACAUUCAGUCGACCUUCCACUGCACCUUCUUCGCCUUCUAAGCAACCUCCCAAAUCGGUUCAAACACCGGCUUCACCAUCCAAGAUCCCAAGACCUAUAUUCAAAGGUACAGCCGCUUUUGCACCACCGACUGUGCCUAAGUCGCCCAAGAAGCGUGCAGUGCCAGAAGAUGAUACUCGUGAUUCGGAGGACCAACCUAGCGCGGCGAAGAAACGAGCUGUAGGGAAACUAUCACCUGCGAAGAGGGUGUCGUUCUUGGAACCCGGACCUUCUCUUCCUUCCACUGCGAAUCGAAGAACGAGUAUGGUGAGAAGGCCAUCAGGGUAUUUUGCUCAACGAAAGAGUUUGGCACCUGGUAUGAAGCUACCUUCUGCUUUGAAGGGGCAAAAGAAGGCUGGAAGGGCUAGUUUGGGUGCCGCGCCUGCACAGAAUAGUGCACCGCUGUAUCCAGACGUUUCGAGGAUCAUGGAAGAGGAUCCUCCUACACCUCAUCGAGCGGCCUCACCGCGAGUUGCAAGUCCCCCGCCUGCUUCUGCACCUACAGUUAAUGAACCUAAUCCUUCGGCCUUGAGUCCUACGGCAGGUUCUCAAUCUCAUAUUCUUGCUUCUGCAAAAGCAGCCGAGAUCCCACAAGCUGGCUCUUCUGCAGCUGCACCUGCUAGUUCAUCUUCAACAGCCGAGCGGUCUCCCACUCUCGAGAAACCCGUUUCGCCUCCCACUGCUACCUCAUUGUAUCCCGAGAUCCCGAAAGACGAUUUUAGCCAUAUCCUUGAUCAAACCAUUGAAGAACCUGCUCAAACCCUGCUUACGCCAGAAGAGGAUACCACCGAGCCCAUCAAUACGGAGCAAUGGCGAAAUGACGUUCAAGAAGAACAAGCUAUGGACGAUGAAGGGCCAUCUAUUGGAAUUGAGCAAUUCUUCGACAUGACCAAAAUCCGCUUCAUGGAUGAGAUUGCCGCGCCACGCCGCUCAACUAUCCAUCCUAAUCAGUUACGACAACGAUCUAGACGACGUUCACUCGACUCGUCCACCAAUGAGGCGGAAGAGACGGAAGAUGUCCCACUCUCGGAGUUUGUGACUGCAUUGGCGGUCGAAAUUCCUCAACUGGAGUUGUAUACCACCAUAGCCAGUGAAUUGCAUACAUGGAUCGAGGAAAGUAAGAAAAUGUGUAAGGAAGCGGAUGAAGAAGCGAUCAAAAUGACUCCGGGGCUGUUCCGGGAGUUCGCUGAAGUCGAUGAGAGCGAACGUGAGUUUCUGCUUCAUCAGCUCAAGUUAAUCAAGGCCUACUGCCAUGGAAUGGCUCGAUCCCAGUGGUAUGACUGGAAAAAGGACUGGACAGAACAGCUGCAGGUGACUGCUGAUGAGACGUUCGCAAACCUGGAAUCCGAUGCCAUGUUUCUUGAAAACAUCAGAAAGCAAACCCAGGCGAUGCUUCCAGGUCUGCGAGAAGAAUAUGCCCAGAUCAUGCGUGAAUUGGAACAAGAGCAAGCAGAUAUUGCGGAAGUUGAGAAACAAGAUCAGGACCAGUUGAACGAGUUGAAGGCGACAAUUGCAGAGCAAGACCAUGUCAUUGAGUCAUAUACAACUGAUCUGUCAGAAGCUAAGGCAAAACUCGAACGACUUGAAGAGAAGCUUGCAGAGAUCGAGGCGCAGAAACAAGAAGCUCUGGGGGCUAUUACCCAAGCUCAACACAUUGUGCAUAUCCAAAAGGAGAGCACAAGUGCCGAAGUCUUUAGACUGAGAGACGAGCUGGAAGCAUUGCAAGAUCUGCACCUCUGGCGUUGUACGAAGAUCAGUCCAGAUAUGGCCGAGUUCGUGUACGCGUCUCGGUAUCUCGUGACGAUCCCUUGCAUGAAGUAUAAACCAGUACUGGCCAAAAUCGAUAUCAAGAGAACGAAAGCUUCGCGUCAAGAGCGAGAUUCGUUCCCUCAGUACACAGAGAUGAUGCUGCAAGGGGCACGUCAAGUAGUCGCUGAGUCCUCAAAUCUGAGCACGCGCAGGAUUCUGCAACGUCUAGGCGACUUCUGGUCGUCGUGCGCACAACUUCGAUCACAACUUAACCUCCUGAAGGUUAAAUACCCUCUGUCUACUGAGCUGCUACCUGCGCCUGAGCAACAAUCACCAUCUGUGAAAGCUACAGCGACUAUUGUGCUCAAUGAGAUCAAGUCGAAAGCGUAUAUUUCGUUUGUUUUGGAUAAGGACAUUUGUUCACGAUGGCCCAAGUCGAUCAAUUCGUUGAAGGCCGAAGUCGAUGUUGUUUAUGGCCGCGCAGAGUACGUCUCCAUGUUUACUGUUAUGUUUCGUUCAUCUUUUGACAUGUUUUUGCAGUCGGGAAGUCAUUCGGAACGCUGUUCAGGGCCGUUUGGAUCAGGCUUCUCCCUCAGAUAAUUAUUGCUGCUUGUUGGAUGCUUGUCUCGUUGCAACCGAACAGUAUGACUGACAUUGGAUCCUCAAUAACUUAUACCUAUCUUGUAUAUUACUUUCAUACCCGCACAACACUUGGAAUACCAUACAUAAGUAUGUAAAGGAAUGAUGGAUAUUGGGCAUGAAAUAGUGUUACAGAUAAUUACAAAUAUUCAAAUAGAAUACGAUUGUUCUGU